UUGUAUUCACUUGACAGCGGAAAUUGUUUGUGUUACAAAUACUUAGCUUAUUUAUGUUUUUUUUUACAAUAACAAAAAUAAAUUCUUAACUAUAAAUAACUCCGUUACUCAUUCAUCGAAGUUAUAAAAUCAGUGCAGUGAUACGGUAGCUAUCGCUUACAAAAUGCGGUACAUUUUUCUAACGACUAUCUUCAGUGUAGUUUUUGCAUUUGAAAAAGAUAUAACAUUCACGAUUCAAGCUGGAAAAAUGGAUUGUUUCUAUCAAAAAGUGUCGUUAAACGAAAUGAUAGACGUUGAAUAUCAGGUUAUUGACGCGUCACACGGCGAGCUGGACAUAUCAUUCCAGCUGACGGAUCCAGUUGGGAGAAUGAUCGUAACGGAUUACAAGAAGCCCGAGAACGGGCAUCGGCACAAGGCGUUACUCGAGGGCGACUAUAGAUUCUGUUUCGACAACACGUUUAGUACGUUUAGUGAGAAAACUGUUUUCUUUGAUCUGAUGAUGGAAAGUGAAGAUUCGAAUGAGAAAGAUUACGAGGAUGACAGAGAAAUGGAACUCGGCAACGAUGCGGAGACCUACUUGAUGAGGGUCAGUGACAUAUCGGAUUCGGUGGCCAGGAUCAGGGACAACGUGUCGGCGGCCCGCAGGCUGCAGGAGUUCCUGUCGGCGCACGAGGCCAGGGACAGGAACCUGGCCGAGGACAUGUGUUCCCGGGUGCUAUCUCGGUCGCUGCUCCAGAUCACAGUGAUGCUGGUGGUCGGGAUCACUCAGGUAUAUUUCCUGAAGAGCUUAUUCGAAGAUCCCAACACAAAGAGUAUGAAGAACUUAGUUCCCAGUUUCAUGUCGCAGUGAAGAUAUGACUGCCACCGUCAACUAGGUGCUCUGUCAACACUAAUAAUCAAAAUAUAUUGACAAUAAUUAUUAUUUAAAUUGAAGGAGAAUAGAUAGAAGUUACUUAUUGAUCUGAAUAAACCAAGAACGUUGUUACUUUUGUCACAAUUUUCGUUUAUCUUUACAAAUAUUAGAAAAAUAAUAAUAAAUGAUCAUCUUACAUA